AGCAGCUAAGCACUUAUCGAUCAGGCGAUUUGCUGCAAAACUCCAAAAAUUUCUUGGUUAUCCAUCUUUGAACAAUUCUGCAAUGAUUCAACAACAUACACAUACUGCCACUUACCUCUUCAUACUGUUAAUAGACGUCAGUAUAUUCAAAAACGGUCUCUUCAUACAUAGCGACUACACAUAUACAGCGAAUACAACAUAAUGGCAGUAGAUUAUAGUCCGCGGAGUGUCGCUGACGCUACGCGAUUUACAUCUAAUACACCACAUGCGAAUGCGAAAGCCACAUCCAAUUCCUCUUCAUCCACCAGCUCCGCCUCUUCCUCUCAGAAACCGACCUCAUCCUCACCUUCAUCACGAUCACCACAAAGCCGUAUGCCGCCUCCAGAAAUGCCUGGAUCGUCAACGCCCGAGACUAUGGAAGAGCGGGUACGACGGUUACGAGCCGCGCAUUUAGCUGCAAGGAAACAUGAGACAUCGCGGUUUGAUCGUGUCGUAAAUGUAUCGAGGAGGUACUUCGAUGCUGCUCAUAAAUUCACCGUAUUAGGUUUAAUUACAUUCAGCGGCCUCGCCCUCUUUGUUACUGUAUAUGCGACAGCCGAUAUGAUGAUAUACAACCGCAAGCGCCGGAACGAAUUCUUUGCCCUCCAGAAGCAGCUCAGAGCCGAUAGCUUGGAAGCUGCGCGCCUAGCGUACAUGACCGGUACGGCAUCCGAAGAUCAGAUAGCGCUAGUAGAAGAAGCCGAGGCGAAAGCUAGGCAGUCAGGCAUAAGCCUACCCCCUUUACUGUCCGCGCCUAGGCCAAUGGUUGCAACCGAGGGUACGGAGAGGACUGUUUGGCCUGGUGAAGCCUUGACCGAGAGUAAUCUGUCCGGCGCGGACGAAGUCGAGCAACCUAAGAAAAAGGGCUUCACUUCUUGGUUAUUUGGCGGGUUAAAAAAGGAGGAGACAAGUGAAGAGUCUCUAAAUUUUGAUCGAGAGGCAGCUGCUGCCGCAGGAUCAACAUCAUACUCAAAUGUCACUAAGACUAUUGAUGAAUCGCAACAAGUGCUAAAGGAUAAGGCAAAGGCGGCAUUCGAACAGGAGCGGGAGAACCAAAGAAAAGGGGGUCCCCUAGAUCAACUCGGCUUGGACGGGAAGUCCAACGGUGGUGAAGAUAAGAAAAAGGGUUGGUGGUGAUGGGUGUUGUUAGAGGCUACUGCUAGGAUCUUCACGAUAUAAGGAUUAUUAAAAUGGAAGGCGGUUGGUACAUAUAUAUAACCGCUUAAUGAGCUGGCUAGUCAUUCAACACGUUGAAUGGUUUGCAACGAUAGUCGGAUCUCAUGCAUGAAUUUGGCAUGCUCAGGAUGGGAAGACUGCUGUAUCAUAACUACCUAGGUAGUAGAAGGAUGGGGCAUUGAAUUCGGCGUAUUGGACCAUUUACCAUGAAUAAAUACUCCCCCUGCCGAUUGUAACCAUUCUAUCAGCUGCAUCUUCUGGAAUUUCGGAA